GAGAUGAAACACGGGUCAACAACAAUGAGAUGCGGGGCACCACGUGUAGCGGAAUCAAACCAAAAUCCGCCACACGCAACCCUCGGUGAAUCGAAAUUUUCGGCGUUUUCUAAACACCGAAAUCCCAACGUCUUAAUACUCGUUGACGGUGGUCUCUGGACCUCCUCCUCAUCCCUCAAGACACCAUCCAAGACCAAGCAAGUGAGUGGGUGAAGGGGGCAUUCACAGGACACGGCUAGGAAGAGACAUUUGGGGCAAUGUCAGAGUUCCUGAAGAAUACCAUCAGGGGUCUCAAUCGAAUGGAGAGACCCUCGGAGCCGUGUGCUGGGAUGGCAUUGGUUGUCAGUGUGCUGACUUUUUGCGCAGGAUGGGUCGAUUCACAGAGUACUCUGUCGUCGGGCGAAAGCUCCCGAGCGAGGCGGACCCGUCGCCCAAGCUCUACCGGAUGAGAAUCUUCGCUCCCAACGAUGUCGUUGCAAAGUCUCGAUUCUGGUACUACCUUCGUCAAUUGAAAAAGGUCAAAAAGGCCAGCGGAGAGAUUGUCGGACUCAACGUCAUCUCCGAGAAACGACCCCUCAAGGUCAAAAACUUUGCCAUCUGGCUCCGAUACGACUCUCGAUCAGGUACCCACAACGUGAGCAGCACUCCUACCAUCCGCCCCCCACCCCUUUCUGACUACCUCCCCUUGCAGAUGGUCAAAGAGUUCCGAGCCCUUUCCCGAGCUGAAGCCGUCGAGGCCAUGUACCAAAACAUGGCUGCCCAACACCGAGCCCGAUUCAGGAACGUCCAGAUCCUCCGAGUCGCUGAGAUUGCCAAAAAGGACGACGUCAGGAGACCAUACAUCAAACAACUCCUCGACCCCAAACUCAAAUUCCCUUUGCCUCACAGGAGGACCAAGUCCAAGGCUUGGUACGCCGCCAACAGACCUGCUACCUGGGCUUAGGAGGAUGUAUGUGGAUGCCUGCUAUGCAUCGAGAUAUGACGAUGGUUUGGUCAACGAGCAUUCAGUGAAGGGUCUGUGAAGGGAUCUCGAGUGUUGAUGGGCUUCUCAUUGUCGCGGACUCGCGUGGAACAAGCUGGGGGAAUUGUCCCAGAAAUGCUGCCAAGCGACUUGCACCCCUGUCGCAAAC